GAAAGUGAAUUAAAAGGAAGUGAAGAAUUUAACAAAUUUGACGAAUUUAUUAUGUUUCAAAAUCCGUUAAGUGAGAGUGAAGUUCCAAAUAAUCUAUUACAGUUUCAAACUCCAAUAACUUGUGACCGCUUUCACGAAAUUUCAAACGAAGAGCUUAUUCUAGUUAAUGAUGAAAAUACACAACAUACUUUUUAUCAUAAUUAUCCUUCCAAUCCAUAUAUUCAUGCUAUUAGAAAGUUUGGUGGUAAAAAUUAUUCCCAAUCAUAUAAAAUUAUAUCUCUUGGACAAUAUCCUACAAAAGUAAUUUACACUAGAAAAGAAAAGGGAAUAAAUUAUAAAGUUCCGAAUAAUUAUCAAGUAGAAACAACAUUAAGUGGACUAACAGUUUUAUGUAAAACACAAUAUCAAUUUUCGCGUAAAAUUGCAAUUAAAUAUAUUAUUGAAUGGACAGAUGAAAAUGAUCAAAUAAAGUCAAGAUAUAGCUUGUCAUCAGCUGGGGCAGCAGGUUCUUUAUUUUUAAAAGAAAUAUGUAAUAAGCCCAAUUCACGAGUUGCUGGUACAAUACUUUUUGGUCUAGAUAUAAAUUUUUUACAACAAAUGCGCGAAAAUAUUACACAACAAUCUACUAUAUCUGCUAAUCGCAAACGAUGUUUUACUGAACUUAAAUCACAAUCACAAAAAAAUAAACGUAUUACUAUGGUUGGAAAGGAAAUUGCAGCACAAACUUUAACAAUUCUCAAAAAUAAUAAAUUUACCUCACCAUCUGAAGAAAUUAUAGUAACAAUUGAAGCUAUAGUUCUUAAAAUUAAUGGGGAAAUU